AAGCGCUUCGGCAGUCGCACGGUCUCAAGAAUAAAAAAUGGCUUUGGAGCGGCGGUGAGAAGAGAAGGCAAGUGGUAACCGAGAGGAGAGGAGAUAUCGAAAUCGAAACGAAUGACGAGAGAAAACAGUCCAUGGAAAGGCGAAUUGGAGAGCUCAAGCAACAGCAGCAGCAGCAACAACAACAACAAGAAGAAGAAGGAGAAUCUGAAUUUCUUCAAGUCCAUCUUGUUCUUUAACAACAACAAAAGCAAGUCCAACGACGGCGAUUCAGCCAAGCCCAUACCCUUUCUCUCUCCGCUCUCCAAUUCCGUCGUCUCCCGAUGUUCCAGGAUUCUUCAUAUCCCUACGGAAGAACUACAACAUUGGUUUGACACAGAGGUACCUGAUACUGUUAAGCAACCAUCAAUCUAUGCGAGGAAUUUUUUAGAGUUCUGUUCAUACCAAGCACUCCAUCUGGUGACUGCACAUCCAGAUUACUUGAGUGACAAGGAGUUCCAUCGGUUGACUUAUGACAUGAUGCUUGCUUGGGAGGCCCCUAGUGUUGAGAAUGAACCACUAAACACUGAAAUUGCGUCUUGCAGUACCCAGGAAAUGGAGGGCGAGGAUGGUUGGUCACUAUUUUAUUCUAGUUCCACAAAAACGGCCGUUCAGGUUGAUAACAAGAAAACUGUUGGACCAGAGGCUUUUGCACGGAUAGCUCCUGCUUGUGCUGUGAUUGCAGAUAUAAUCACUGUCCACAAUCUUUUUGACGCACUGACUAGUUCUUCUUCUCAUCGACUUCAUUUUCUUAUAUACGACAAGUACCUUCGAAUGCUUGAAAAGGUGAUCAAAGCAGUGAAAAAUGCAAGAGGAACCCAAUCUGCAUCCACCCUUCAGCUUGCUGAGGGCGAGUUCAUAUUAGAUGUUGACGGUACAGUUCCCACUCAACCAGUUCUGCAACAUAUUGGAAUAUCAGCAUGGCCUGGGCGGUUGACACUCACAAAUUAUGCUCUGUACUUUGAAUCUUUGGGAGUUGGUUUGUAUGAAAAAGCUGUGAGAUAUGAUUUGGCAAUGGAUAUGAAGCAGGUAAUAAGGCCUGAUUUAACAGGUCCAUUGGGUGCCCGUCUCUUUGACAAAGCUGUGAUGUACAAGUCAACAUCUACACCAGAGCCUGUUUUUUUGGAAUUUCCCGAAUUCAAGGGCAAUUCGCGGCGGGACUAUUGGUUGCAUGCCUGUCUUGAAAUCUUGCAUGUUCACAGGUUCAUUAGGGAGUACAAUCUCAAAGGGAUCCUACAAUCCGAAGCACUUGCAAGGGCAAUCCUAGGUAUUUUCCGUUAUCGUGCAGCGAGAGAAGCCUUUCAGAUCUUAUCAUCCCAUUAUAAAACCUUACUGUGUUUUAACUUGGCUGAAAGUCUUCCUGGAGGAGACAUGAUCUUGGAAACUUUAUCAAGUCGUUUGGUUCUUUUGAAUGCCAGCACCAGCCAGCGUGGUUCAGUUGGGCUUUUAAGUGCAAAAGAGGGGAUGAAACUCCCAAUUUCAGUUUUGACACUGCACAGACAUGGGAUAUUAGGAAAGGGGGAAGAUGAUGAUGGGGAAGCAAUAUAUGCAGGCGUGGAUGUGUGUGCUGGUGAAAUAAGUACGUUAGAAAUGGUAGUAAAAAAGUCCCAGCUGAACAGGGGAAGGGCAGAAGCUGCACAAGCAACUGUGGACCAAGUAAAAGUGGAAGGGAUUGAUACCAAUCUAGCUGUAAUGAAGGAGUUGCUUUUCCCCCUUGUGGAAUCAUUUAACCGUCUUCAAGUUUUGGCUUCAUGGAAAGACCCUUGGAAAUCAACAGCCUUUCUGGUUUCCAUUGGCUAUAUGAUUUUUAGGGGGUGGAUCAGGUUUGUACUACCGUCCAUUUUUGUAAUUCUUGCAGUUCUCAUGAUCUGGCGUAAGCAUGCAAACAAAGGGAGGCCAUUGGAAGCAUAUAAAAUCACAGUUCCCCCAACUAAAAAUGCAGUAGAACAGCUGCUAAGCUUACAAGAAGCCAUCACUCAAGUUGAAUCUCUAAUUCAGGCUGGAAAUAUUGUUCUAUUGAAAGUUAGAGCUCUCUUAAUUGCUGCACUUCCUCAGGCCACCGAAAGGGUUGCUAUGUUGUUAGUUUCCGCGGCCUUGUUUUUGGCACUCAUACCUCUUAGACUCUUGAUCUUGUUGGUUUUCAUCGAGUCUUUCACAAGGGAGAUGCCACUGAGGAAAGCCAGCAGCGAUAGAUGGCUAAGGCGGGUGAGAGAAUGGUGGUUCAGUAUUCCAGCAGCUCCUGUUCAUCUGAUCAAAGCUGAUGACAAGAAAAGGAAAUAAAUGAUUUGUAAGCGAGAAAACAAUUGCAUUCGAAAGUCACAUAGCAGAUUAAUUGUGGUUUCUACCAGUCACCCUCUAAUGUGCUUUGUGUAUAUACCAGGGUGAUUUCGGUUUUCUGCGAGCAAGCAUUUCAUGCAGAAAGACCUAUAUUGUGUACGUCUGCCGGUUUUUUUUUUUUCCGUUCUGUUUCUUAAAGUUAUAUACUUGCUUUGACCACAAAAACAAUAACCUUUCAGCCGAUUUUCGUCCUUGCUUGACCAGUGAGUUUUGGAAUCAAACUCCAUUUUGCAUUCUAUCAA